AAAAUUGUGGCCCGUCCACCGUGUCUCCGAGCUGCCCUGGGGGGAUGGAUGGAGGCAGCGGGAGGUGAGCGAGGGGCAGGCAGUCCCAGCUCAGCAGGUGGGGGGCACUUGUCACAGGCAGGAAGAGACCUGGAUCCCGCACCGGCUGGCAAGCUACAGCAGAGAAACGAGCCCUUUGGCCGAGGAGAAUCAGGAAGGGAAAUGGCUGCAGACGGCUCUGUUCAGGCCCUGGUCACGUUUGACGACGUCGCUGUCUAUUUCUGCAAGGAGGAGUGGGCGGAGCUAGCGGAGUGGCAGAAGGAGCUGUACAGAGACGUGAUGAGGGACAACUAUGAGACUUUGAUCUCCCUGGUGCCAGGUCCUGCAGCUACCAAACCUGCCCUGAUCUGGCUGAUAGAACAAGGGGAGGAGCCAUGUGCCUGGACUUGCCAGGACUCGGGGGAAGGAGGCAGUGCGAGGUACAUUUCCUCAGCCGAUGAGCUCAUCUCAAGGAAUAACGACGAGGAGUCUCCAGAGAUGUUGGGUGAGCACGGGACCUCGCCACGAGGUGCCAGAGCAAGUGCUUUCCCAGGCUGCGGUGGGGGUGUGGGCGAGGGGCAGCCUGGGUCAGAAGGACAGCAGGGGAAGCCAGCAGGAAAUGGAGCGAAUCAGUGUGGCAGAGGAUUCAGUGAAGUGGAAGAUGCCGCUGCCUGCCCAAGAACCUCCCCAGAGCAGAGGUUGCACUGCUGCAUGGAAUACAAUGAAUGCUUUCCUCACCCGUCGCAUGUAACCUCUCACUCCAGAGCCCAUGCUGGGGAGAGACCCCAUAAGUGCCCCACCUGCGAGAAGGAAUUCAGCCGGCGUGCACACCUUAUUCAGCAUCAGCAGGUGCACACGAGGGAGAAACCCUACAGCUGCCCCGAGUGCGGGAGGGGCUUCAGCCGCAGCUCUAAGCUUAUGGAGCACCAGAGACUCCACACAGGGGAGAGACCCUAUGAAUGUCCCGAGUGCCAGAAAAGCUUCAGCCAGAGCUCCAGGCUGAUCAAACACCAGAGAAUCCACACAGGGGAGAGGCCCUUCCAGUGCCCCAGGUGCGAGAAGAGCUUUGCAGAGAGCACGAGCAUGCUGCAGCAUUACAGAGUCCACACGGGGGAGAGGCCCUACACGUGCAGCUACUGCCAGCAGAGCUUCAGCCGAGGCUCGCGGCUGGCGGAGCACCAGAGGGUCCACACUGGGAAAAAGCCCCAUCGGUGCGGCGAGUGCGGGAAGAGCUUCGGGAACCGCUCAACCCUCACCACCCACUACAGGACCCACACGAGCGAGAGGCCUUUCACAUGCGGUGAGUGCGGCAAGAGCUUCAAGCAGGGCUCGGCGCUGAUCGCGCAUCGGAGGAGCCACACCGGAGAGAGGCCCUUUACAUGCACAGAGUGUGGGAAAAGCUUCGCUCUGAGCUCACACCUGAUCAAACACCAGAGGAUCCACACAGGGGAGCGACCCUUCCAGUGCCCCGAGUGCGAGAGGAGCUUCGUGCGGAACUCACACCUCACCGAGCAUCGCCGGAUCCACACCGGGGAGAGACCCUACCAGUGUCCUGAAUGCAAGAGGAGCUUCCGCCGCAGCUCCCGGCUUGUUGAGCACCAGAGGAUCCACACGGGAGAGAGACCCUACAAAUGUCCCCAGUGCGAGAAGCGCUUCAGCCGCAGCUCGGCCCUCAGCGAUCACCGCCUCCGAGUCCACACGGAAGAGGACGCUGCCGAGGAGGACAGCCCCUCCGAUCAGCCGAACGCCCCCGGAAGGGAAAGACGCUACCAGUGCGGCGAAUGCGAGAAGAGCUUCUUUCGGAGAUCCCGUUUUGUUGAACACCGCAGAGUCCACACAGGAGAGAGGCCCUUUAAGUGUCCCGAGUGCAAGAGAGGCUUCCGCUCCAGCACCACCCUUACCAAACACUCCAGAAUCCAUACAGGGGAAAAGCCUUACAAGUGUUCUGCAUGUGAGAAAUGCUUUGUCCACUGCUCCAAGCUGAUGGCGCAUCAGAGGAGCCAUACCGCAGAGAAACCCUUUAAAUGCAACGAGUGCGAGAAAAGCUUCACUCAGAAGUCGGGCCUCAUAGAUCAUCAAAGGAUCCACACGGGAGAAAAACCCUAUCGAUGUUCCACCUGUGAGAAAAGCUUCAGCAGGAGCUCGACACUCAUUCAGCAUCAGAAAAUCCACAUGACAGACAAACCCUAUAAGUGCCCGGAGUGCGAGAGAGGCUUUAGACGACACGCACAUCUCAGAGAACACCAGAAAACCCAUGCACCAUAGGAACUGGCUGCAUUUAACACACAGAGCUAGCCAUUGAAGGCAGAUGUGUUCCUGUGACCUCUGGAAAGGCAGCGUUCGGGAAGUGCCAUCUGCAGUGUUUCCAGAGCUUGGGAGACUUGUUUCACGAAGAAAAGGAAAUAAUUGUAUUUUGGGACAGUUGGGAACGAACAAGGAAAUUCCGUGCAAAUAACUAGUGCUCCUGGAAUGUUGAGGUUGAGAAAAUAAGCUGUCCGAAGCCAGGCAAUGCAGAGUUAAGUGCGGCCUCCUGUGCUUAUCCCUUUACAAACAGGAUUUCUCUUGAUUAUAAAAAGAUUUGCCAAUUAAUGUAACAGAUACAAACAAGAAUUUCUUAUGCAGCCCUACAGACAAUAUAUCACAGUAUAGCAUAGCUGAGGCAACGGGGUUGGCUUGAUUUUUUUUUUUUUAAAGUCUCAGUGAGAUCUGCAAGACAAGUGAAGUUUAAUGUUCAGUAACUACACAGUAGCAAAUAUUGUAAAUUGACUGGCACAGAGUGUGAAGUGACCAGGUGUUCGAGGUGGCAGGGGCAUGAGAAUGAAGCCCUUACUCCCACUGUGGUGAAAUUCACUUCUCUGCAAAAAGUCAGCAUCAUGUACUCCCUACCAGGGCUUAAGUGGUACAUAAGCCAGGCACAGGCCUUCUGUAUGAGAUGAAUUUCACCAGCUGAAGACCCCUGACUCGUGUGAGUAGUAUGCCAAUGUGAAUGUUCGCACAAUUGGUUCCCGUAACAGGGCGGCAGUUCACUUCUAUCGGAACCCUGCAAAACACCAGGUGAGUGCGUCCGGCUGACUCAUUGUGGUGCUGCCUGUCUCGUUAAUUUCCACCAAUGAUCUGGAAACCUGGGUACAGGGAAUGAGAGUCUGGGAUGCAGGAGGUUCUGCCGGGAUUCCGCAGGCUUGAGGAAAAAGCUCACACUGAGGUUAUGUUUUAUUGUUGCAGCUACUUGUUAAAAAAAAAAUUGCCAAACGUUUUUGGAUGGGAGAUAACUCAAUUUGGAAACAGAGUUUCAGGGGAAAUUUGUUUUUCUUCCCUAAGUUUCUUUCUACACCGGAAACACGUCUCUCUGCAGCCACCAGGACUAGAAACUUUUUUUUUAAAAAGUGAUAACUGAGAACCUCGGUUUAUAACCUGAUUCCAGCCAUUGGGCUUUAGGAAAGGGACCAAAUAUUACAAGGCUUACAGUCUGGCAACACUGCUAGUCUAAGCUAAGGGUGUUCAAAACAUUUCCAGCAAGACUUUUUUCCCCUCUCCCCAUAAGGAGAAUUUUCAUUUAGUUGAAAACCCAAAGAGUUCGCUUUCCUUGAGCAUUUUUUUAAACUAGAAAACCUUCAGUUUUUGGAAGCUUUCAGCCAAAAAAUACACAGUUUUUGACAAAGUCUAAAUUUUCUGGGGCAAAGUUACAUAAAAGCGAAAAAAAUUAUCAAUUUUUCAUGGCAAAAAUCCCCUGAACGAGCGACCCACUGCCUGGUGCGUGCCCUGACGCCUGAGCAUGCAAAUCAGUUUCUUCUUCUCACUGCCCCUGUCAGCAGCCUUCUGGACGCCCAGUGGUUCCCCGCUUCCCACAAGUCAGCCCUCCAGCUAGUUCACCCUUUCAGGUACCAAAUCACAAGUCAAAACCACAGUCUCAGUAUCUGUGGGCCCCCAGGCCUUCCCCUGGGAUUCUGAAAACACAGACAAAUCUAAGUGUUACCCAGUGUUUCCAGCCCCAGCGCACUCACCACCUCAGUCCAUUCCAGUCCCUCAGUCCUCGCUACACCCUCUUUUGGGGCCACCACACCAAGCGUCUUCAUCUCCUGCAGCCUCUGUUUACUUCUGGCCCAGUUUUUCUACCUCCUGCAACCAUCCUCAGCCACUUUGGCCUC